AUGGGUGUAGGAGAAGGAAAUGCUGGAACAAUCAUUGAUGUCCCGAUGGUCAACCUCCCUGAAGGCCACUGCUUGUGCUAUGUCGGGAUGUUUAAUGGACAGGAGUUUUAUGAGGUGCUACCUGCAGAGGCCCCUCCUCCCUACUUCCCUCCUCCCGCCCCUGCUGCACCAUCACUGAGCUACAAAUCAAAAAAGAGAGGGCAUAAGGAGCAGCAGGACAGAAGCCGGCCCUAUGUCCGGAAGCCCCUGAAUGCAUUCAUGCUGUACAUGAAGGAGCACCGAGACCAUCUGAAGGCCGAGGUUGACUCCAAGGGCCGAGGGACAGCGACCGUGAACGCCAUCCUGGGACAGAGGUGGAAUGCACUGACUGAGGAGAAGAAGGAGAAAUAUCUCAAGCUGGCUCAAGAGGAGAGACUACUCCAUGCCCAGCAAAAUCCUGACUGGUCCACCAAGGAGAAUUAUGGUAGGAAGAUGAGGAAGAGGAAACAUGCUCCCUCCAGUGAUAAAGGUAAGACGAUGUUUUCAUGUGAAAUGUGAGGAAACAAGAUGACAUGUGACCACACUCGACCACUUGACUACAUUAGAUCGCUGAUUCCUAAAUC